AUGGAUAAACGAGGUCGUAAACCAAUGAAAGUUGAUUCCAAUACACAAUUAGAAAAGAGUCGUGAAAGUACUCGACAAUGUCGUCGUAGAAAAAAACUUCGUUAUGAAUAUUUAGAAGAACUUGUUAUUGAUCGAGAAAAAGCAAUUAUUAAAUUACAUGAAGAAUUACAACGUCUUCGUUCAGUUUGUCAACAAAUAGAUCAACAUAUGGAAUAA